ACUCAUAACCAGAACGCAGGGGCGUUUUCAAAAACUUACAAAGAAACAGCUCUAGACAAAAAGUAAAAAAGUAACAUAAAUACUAGGCUUCAAUUUUACAAAUAUGAAGGGAUUGCCAUAAUUAUCCGGACUGAAUAAAGAAAACAAAAAAAAAAAGGACAACAAUAUCCACCAAAUGGAAUUCUCUUGGUAACCAGCUACAAUAUUAUAGAAUCAUAACAAGGAUAUAAUCGUCUUCGGGUUUUUUCGGCUCGUAUUCUCAAUCUGUGCAAGUGUUUUAGAUUCAAGUUGUCACAUAUUUUUUACGUCAGUGGAUAUUGUAUGAUUGUGUUUGAAUUCAAAUCACUAUAUUUCAUACAGCUGUCCCAAGAGAAUAGAAAUGGCAGUAGAAGUCGGAGUGUCAGUUGAUGAUGAUAAUCCUAAAACACGAUUCGUAAGAUAUCUUUAUAUCGGUAAAGAAUAUCCAGUUUAUUAUUCAGGAACAUGGUCAAGUCAAAAUCAUUUUACAGUGGACAAAGUAACAUCUGUCGUCGAAUUAGCUGCAGACAAAGAUACUGAAUUAUUUCCUAUUACCAAAAUAAAACAGUUAUUGGAAUCAGGAUUGGUACCUAAAUCCGAAACUUUAAUGUUUGCUUUAGCUGUGUGUGCUCGACAAGAAAAAAGUGAAAAAUUACGACAAGCGGCAUAUAAUUUUAUAGCAGAAGAAUGCAAAAGUCCAGAACAAUUUAUGUUAUUUAUUGAAUAUGCAUCUCAAUUAAGUAAACAAUUAUCAAUUCCUAAACAUGGUUAUGGUCAUGGCUGGCGUAAUGCGAUAAAUAAAUGGUACCUAUCUCAUGACGCUAAAAGUUUAGCUGAAUGUGUAACAAAAUACAAAAGUAGACACGGUUGGAAACACAAAGAUAUUAUUAAACUCUCACAUCCAGUUACUAAAGUCCUUGGGUCAGAUAUUCAGGCUGUUUUUAAAUAUAUAAUGUUUGGUUUAGAAAAAGCUAAAUCAGAGUUUGCUAAUGAACCAAAAGCGACAGAGGUUUUACAUUUAAUUGAACGUAUAGAUAAUUUUCGUCAGUGUGAAGAUCCUGUACAAGCUGCAGGAUUAAUAAGAACAUAUAAUUAUAAAUUAGAACAUGUUCAAGCUAGUUUAAUUAAAUCAUCAGAAGUGUGGGAAGCUUUGAUUGAUGGAUCCAUGGAUUUGCCUAAUAUUGUUAAAAAUAUUCAAAGGAUUCAUAAUCUUGGUUUACUUACACCUACAUCUCAAUUAACUGAAAAAGUCCUAAGUGCCAUCACAAAUAAAGAUCAAAUAUUGAAAUCUAAAAUUCGUCCUGCAGUGAUUCUUAUGGCUGUUAAAACUUAUGAGGAUCCAGAUAAAAUUCCAGUAUUUACAAAAAGAAAAUUAGGAAGAAAAAAUAAACUUAGAAAUCGACAAUUACCUAAUCCAGAUAAACGUAUUAUUGAUGCUUUAUAUUCAGCGUUAAAUAUUUCAUUUUCAACUAUUGAACCUACGGGACUAAGAUUUUUAAUAACUGUAAGCACUGAAAGCUGGAAAAAAAAACAAAUUACUCAAGUAUCUGUUGAUACUUUCAAACCCUGGGUACUUGAAGCUGCUUGUAUUAUUGCACUUGGUUUAUUACGAUCUGAAGAUAAAGUAACUGUAUCCGCUUUUACUGCCACUGAAGGUUUGAAUGCACGCCCAGUUCAUCUUGAUAAAAAUUCAACUUAUCAAGAAGCUUAUGAAAAAAUGCGUGUACGAUCUAAUGUACCACCAAAUCUUGGUAAACCAAUUCUUUGGGCAGCACAUCAUAGAAGAAAGUAUGAUGUCUUUAUUAAUGUUGUCGAUAAAAUGCGUGAAAAAUAUGAUUUUACUUCUCGUGCUAUGGAUCUUUAUAAAAAGAAAAUGAAUUUACCAAAUACAAGAUUGGUAAAUUGGGUUGUCGGUACUACAUCAACAUAUAUGGAAGGUAAAUAUGUUAAUGAUGUAUUAACAGUUUGUGGUUUUGAUAUUGAUGUUCCGAAAGUUAUUGAAGCUUUUGCAAAACGUCAAUUUUAAUUGAAGACCAAUGGAAAAAACGAAGACAAUUAAGAGAAUAAACAAACAAAAAAAAUUGUAAGUCAUAACUUAAAAUAAUCAUAAACGGCGAUAAAAAUUAGAAUUUAAUAAUGCGAUAAAAUUCAACCGAACUAUAUAUUUCUAGGAUUUAUUUGUUUCAAAUUUUUGUUAAUAUACACAUUUUUAACGUUUUUAUUUAAACAAUGACGAAUUUAAAAUUUAAAAAGUUAAUAAAUAAUUCUAAGAAGUAUAUAAUUUACUAACUAGAUAACAAUAUACUAUCUAACUGUUAUAUUAACCGUAUGUUUGUUUAAAUAUGCUGCACAAAGUUUCAACAAUUUUUAAUAUAAAAAUUAAUUAGAUAACUUUUUUCAAUGGCUGUUGGUAAUGAGCAUUUAAAUUAUCAAACAAAGAAAGAAAAAAAAAUUUUUCUUUGUUCAAUCUCGUUUUGAAAGAACAAAAUGAUUUAAAUGUGCAGCAUGUAUAAUUAUUUUAUAAAUACUAAUGUUAAGACCACACAUAAGGGUGAUCCAAAAAAACCAACCCAUCGAAUUUACAGCUUGAGUAGUACCUAUAUACCGAGAAAAAAGUUCUCCCGUUGGGAAAAAUUUUUAGCUCAAUUUUAAAUGGUGCUGUUGGUAGCCAUUUGAAAUUUCUCAUUUAAAGAACACGCAAAAAAAUUUUUUUCAUUGAAAAUAUUAUAACUUUUGAAUCGUUCGAGAUAAAAAUUUGGCUUUAAAAUAUUCUUAUAGGGCAUUAAAUUUCUAGAGUAAACAGAAUUAUACAAAUUUAAAGCUCUAUUAUUAAAAAAAUCAAUACUACGAUAAAAUUCUUGGACUAAAAUUCAAUGAAGUAAUUAAAGAAUUUGUUCUACGUGUAGUAAAAUUAAAUCGCCAGCAAUAUCCAAAUUGUAAUAAAUAAUAUUUUAUUAACGAUUUAUAAAAAAAAAUAUAGGGCAAAAAUUGGAAUACAAUGCAAAUAAAAAUUUUAAAACUCUAUUUGUUUUAUGAGCCUAUAAUGUAAAUUAUACUUUUUACUUGCUUCAUUAAAUUUUAGCCCAAGAAUUUCCUGGUAGUAUUGAUAUUUUUAAUAAUAGAGCUUUAAAUUUGUAUAAUUCUGUUUACUCUAGACUUUGAUGGCCUGGUGUAAGUAUACGAAAUAUCAAGUUUACAAAUUCGACUUCGGGUUUUUUUUAGGAAAUUGAAUGCCCUACAAGAAUAUUCUAGAGCCAAAUUUUCAUCUCGAACGGUUCAAAAGUUAUAAUAUUUUUAAUGAAAAAAAUUUUUUUUGCGUAUUAUUUAAAUAAGGAAUUUUAAGUGGCUACCGACACCUCUUAAAAUUGAGCUAAAAAUUUUUCCCAACGAAAGAAUUUUUUUCUUGCUAUGUAGAUUCUUUUUAGACAAUAAAUUUGAUAAGUUGAUUUUUUUAGAUCACCCUACUACACAUUCAUAACAUAAAUAACAAGAUGCAUGAUUAGCAUGUGUAACAUAGAAUAAGUUAAUAUAAAAAGAAAAAGAAAAAAAAAUGCGCUUAAUUUAUUUGUUUUACUGAAACACUAACAAUCAAUCAUGACAAAUCUCUAAAAUUACCGAGAUACUAAAGUUCAGCGAUAGAGAAAAAACAAAACGGAUAAUAGAAAAAAAAAGUUUAGGUUUAGAUAUUAAAAUAAAAAAAUAAAUGGAAAAUAAUUCGCUUAGUUGGGUAUGUCUCUGAACCGUAUUUAAUAAUUUAGAAAAAAAACAAGUACUGUCAAACGUCGAGAAACAAAUAGUAAAAAAUAAUAUAUAUAUACAUGAAAAAAAAAAAAAAAAAGAAAAUUUCUUCUACUGUGAUACGCAUUUAGCCCCAAAGAGUUAUAGACUUAUAUGAGUUUUAUUUAAUUGUUAUAUGUCUUGAUAAAUGCCAUAUUCAAAUAAAAAUGAAAGCAAAAAAUCUUUAGUACUCAUAAUAAGAUUUAAAAAACUGUGAUAUGACAGUCGAUGUUUGUUUAUAAUAAAAUGAAAAUAAAUAGUGAGAAAAUAAAUCAGAGACAUGCCGAUAAAAAUACUGUUAUUUAACUCAAUUAUUAUUCUGGAUUUAUAAUAGAUAAAUUUUAACGAAAUAAUUACCAGCGAUACUUAAGUACGUAUUUCUAUAUAAAGUUUUAUUGAUUUAAAAAAUUUUUUUAAAUUUUAUUCAAUCCAACAAUGAAGAUAGCAAAAAAAUAAAACAUUUGUAGAACCGGAAUCUUGUUACGCGUUUCGCUUGUUGUUUUAUUCAAAUUAAUAGAAUCGCGAUAAAUCUAAAAAGUUAUAUAUUAUAUAUAUUAAUAAAUAAUUCAUAUACUAUAACGUAUAUAUAUUAGUUAAAUUAUAGAGGACGAUUGACCGAUUAUUAAAACAAUUAAAAAAAAAAAGUUUUUUUUUUUUAACUGAAUUAUUUCAUCUCUUGGUCUUGUCCUGAAGUGAUUUGAAUGAUUAGAAAAAAAAUACUAAUAAUUUUUACAAAUUUACAAACGAAAGAUUAAAGAGGCAUUAAAAAUUAAAUUUAAAUAAUUCAUCUGAUGUGUUCAACUACUGGUUAGAAGCAAUAUGCAAAAGAAAAAACACUAUCUAUUAACGACUAUCAGUUUGUCAUUUUUAAGCAAAUAAAAUCUUUUGAAAAACAAUAAUCAUUUGAAAAAACAUAGAAGUAAUUAAAUGGAGGUUUUUUUUGUCUGCUGAUAUUUUUAAAAAUCACCAUAAAAUAACAAACGGCGUCCUAAUUAAGAAAAUAAUAGUAUUUAUAUACAUAAUAUAAUAAUCGAAAAAACCUGUAUUUAUUCGUUUGAUAUAUUAUUAGGUGAUUUAUAUUUAAGUACGCUAACCAAUUUAAUUAAUUUAAGUAAACGAAUGUAGAGGAAAAUCACAUAACAUCUUUUAAGAGCAUGUUUGUAUAAAAAAAAAAAAAAAAUUAUAAAAAUGAAUUAUCUCAAAAACAAAAAAAAAUAAAUAACACCUCAAUGAAAGUUGAAAGAAACAUAAAAUGUAAUCAAAGUCUUAAAAUAGUAACACAGAUGCUGUAACUUUUGAUACAUUAAAUAAUUACUUAUUAUUAAAAUUUCGAUAGCGGAAGAAAAAAUAAUGAAUUUAAUAGCAGGUAAACAAAGAUUUAAAAAAUGAUAUUUGAUAAAAAAAAUAUUUCCCAAAAACCUAAGGAUUAUUAAAAAAAGUACAGGUAUCAAUUUAAUUUUCAUUAAUCGAAAAAUUAUUUGAUCUCUAUCAUGCAUAGAAAUAAAUAUCCUUCUUAAAUUUCUUAACUUGUUUUAUUAAAGCUGAUCUUUAAAAUUAAUUUAUCUGUACUAAAAUAUAUACCCAUUUACCUGAAUAAAAUAAAAAAUUGAAUUAUGUUCAGUUAUGAAGAUAAAAAGGAUUUAGCUUAAAAAGAAAAAAGGGAAAAUCAAAUAAAUUGAUUGUGAUGUUAUUUUUUAUACCGAAAACUGAUUUAUACUUAUGUGUGUACUAAUUAAAACAAAGUAUUAGAUCUACAUACUGAAAAUCUGUUGGUGCUCUUUUUAAAACGAACUUAAAAAUUAAUAAAAUAUCAACAUGGCGAUAAAAUAAUUUUAAGAUGAAAAAAACCAAUCUGGAUUUUUUUCGGCUCCGUGGAUUUUUUAUUUUUCUAUUUUUAAUUAAAUGUUUAUUUUAUUGGUCCAUUAUUAUUAUUAUUAAUGUUAAAUAUUGUAAUUUGAUGUUUCUUACUGUUAACAAAAAAUGUUGUUCUUUUAGUCUCAUUCCGUAACUUUUGAUAAAUAAUUGAUUAUACUUUUCACCAUACCUGCACCUUCUUUAAUGAGAAAACAAAAAUGAUAACAAUUAGCGCAUUUGUCAUUUUUUCCACAAACAGAGGCAGAAAUUUAAACUUGCAGGUGCAGAUCUGGUGAAAAAUAGUAUACACACUAAGGGAGGAAAGUAAGACGUCCCAACCUGGUUCUUUGCCACAGGCAAUCACGCUUACGGGUUAGAAUGUCCCAUUAUCCUCCCUAGGAGUGUAAUAUACGAAUAUAUCUUAAUUACAAAAAAAAAAGGCAUUAUAAGAAUAAUUUGUUAUUUUAUUACUUUCUGUGUUGAAUUAUUUUUACUAGUUGUCAUAAAAAAAAUAUAUCAUUGACAAUUUAUGCAGAAUUGUUAAUUAAAAUUUGUUAAAUUAAAAAAAAAAAAAUGUAUUAUUUGUCAUAAAUAAUUUGGUACUAAAAAUUAAAUAAAAAAAGAUAAAAAAAUUUUUUGAAAAAAAUGAUUUAUUUAAUUUAUUUUAAUAUUGAUACAUGCCAUACAUGUUUCAUUCAUUCGAACAUACAGUUAACAUUAAUAUUGUAUUUAAUUAUCAUCUUUCACGCUUUGCAACAUUUUACGAGCGAGAAAAAUCACACGCGGCUUUAAUUUCAUUUAUACUUAAUUACAUACAAUAUAAUUAAUCAUACAAAAAAAAAUUAUGUCCACUUAUUAAUAAAUUAAAAAAAAAAAACCCCAA